AUGUCGCGCUAUGCACCUCCUGCGCGCGACCGAUCUCCACCUCGAUAUGAUCGUCGUCCUUCCAACUACGGCGCUCCCUUAGGUGGCUCCUCCUACCGCGGCCCUGGUGAACCAGGUGGAGAUCGUGAUCCGCCAAGAGGGCCUCGUGCCGAUAGUUUCAGAGGUGGGUAUCAAUAUCCUCCACCUGCUCGAGGCCGAGGAGCGGGCACCUAUGCAAGUCGAGCCGACACUUGGAACAGUCAGCGCGAUCGUGAUAGAGAUCGCGAACGAGACGUUCGUCCCGCUCAACCCUAUCGCACUCGAGACGACGACCGGCCGGACUGGUCUCGUCGCGAACGUGAACUCGGCCCUCCUGAGAGACCAUCUGCUGCUGUUCGCGACGCUCGACCAUAUCCCCCGAGGGAUAGGUCCGCCUCGCCCCCGAAAGCUCGUCGAGAUUCACGAGAAUCACUGCCUCCUUUGUUAAGCCGACAAAGCGACAGCAAUCCGUCAUUCCGCGGUGGUUUGGCUCGUGGUCGAGGUCGAGGAGACUGGGAUCGAAAUCGAGGGAGAAGCUCGUUCGUGGGCGACCGAGAGCGUGAGCGGGAUCUUUUCAGUAACCGGAGCCCGUCAAGAGAAGGAAUAUGGCGUGAGCGUGAGUACGAUCGAGGCAGACCUGCCGGCAGUGAUAUCGACCGAGCCGAACGUUUCGAUCGUCGCGAAAGAAGUAGAGAACGGCGCGAUCAUGAUAUUUGGCAGAGAGAUCAAUCUCCAGCCCGCAUAAGCAGCGGGCCAGGUGGGCGAGCACCAAGUCCUGCCAACAGUACUGGGCACUAUGGGCCGUCAGACCGUUCCUCGAAAAUGGACUUUGAGAUGACUCGAAGACCGUCUGCGGUAACUACCUCCAAUAGCCUUGCACGAGACGCACGACGAGAUGCCGAUCAGCCAGAUUAUUUCCCACGUAACGAACUUCGCAGAGAAACCUCGCACACAGGUCCGUAUCAACAGCCAGCACCGCAGCCAUCUGCGACAGCCGGUCUCGACUAUGGACCACCACCGUCAGUUCCUGCCACGACGCCAUCAGAGAAGCCCCCGUCUUCCCGACCACCGCCGACCAAGUCUGUAUCACCUAUGGUCCCGCAGGGAUCAUUCCAGCCACCAAGCGGGCCCAAGGCUGAUAGAGCUCAUCAAACCAUCAAUCAAAACCAGAAAUCCGGCAUCUCUCAGGAUUCGCCUAAACCCGAACCUCCGUUGCAGCCUCCCCGAGUCGCUUCCAACACAUCCCCGACAGAGCUCUUUCCGAAAAAGAUGGAACAGAAGCCCGAACCAAAACCGCCACUUGCCCAGACGCCUGAUAAGUCUAUGCCUCCUAAUGUGCCGUCUGGUCCGCGAGCAUCCUUCGGUUCCAGCUUCCGAUCCAGACCUCCCUUAUCUGACUCUGGCAAUUCUUUCUUGACUCCCAAAGCCGCGCAGGGCGACAUUCGUGGCCCUGCUAUUCCCACUGGUCCGCGUUCGGAUCGCGAGAGAGAUGUCGGCCGAGAUGCCAGAGAAGGCCCGUGGCCGCCCAGCCAAGCAGGCACGUCCAGCCGAUCCUGGAUAUCGCCUGAAUACAAUCGCGCAAAGCCGUCCAUCAUGAGUCCUAUCAAUCGGCCAGCAUUCGCACCUACUGGGCCGAGAUCGCAGUCCAUACUUCCACCGUCAGGCGAAAAACCUCGCACAUAUCCUCCCUCGAUCAUGGCUGGAAGCGGACCCUCUCCAGCGGCAACAAAGUCGGGUUCUACCGGAGAUGUUCGUGUUGCGAAUCGCGCUCCCAGUGAUCAAGGUGCCGUUGAAGAUGUGGACAUGUCACUACCUGUCUCCAGUGACGAAGAAGCCGACGAGGACGAUUUUGAUGAAGACGACUUUGCUGCUUCGGAGGAGAAGUAUGAUAAGGAACGCAAAUCCCUCGAAGCUCGGAAGCCACCACCUCUACUUCAUGACACUGUCGUCCGCGGACUCUUGAUCAAGUUACAGUUUCUUAACAUGAUUGCCAACAACAUUGUUGUACAAUCUUCUGAAAGCAAACAUGUGGCGGAUGAGCCGAUGAAAGAUGUGGAUCAACCGCAGAUUGGCCUACCUUCUCCUGAGGAGCUUUCCGAAGAACAAGAGAAGCUCGAGGUCAAGCACCCGCAACCGCGUGGACGACCUCUUCGCCAGCCUCCCGUAAAUCCUAUACCAACUCCACCUGUCGAAGAUUUACCAUAUCUGAAGAAACAGAAUAGUCAGCCGAUCGUAUUCGACAACUCUGAUGAUGAAGUUCAGCAUGAGGCUGUGACAACUCUGAUACGACAGCGAUUUGAGCAAGAGGCCUUCGACUGGCUGGAUGAGCUACAGGACAUGUCCAACGAGUACCGAAAGAAUUAUAUCUCGUGGAAGCAGGAAGUAGCAGGUCUUGAGCUUCCUUUAAGGGAUACUCAUGUAAGCCCUGCACCUGCAUCUCCUGCACCUUCUGCUGCACCUUCGGUAACACCCUCGGUUAACCAUGAGCGUACUCGUGGAGGUCGCAACACCACUGAGGCUGAUCUCCAGGCCGCGAUCGCACUCUCGCAGCAGACGAUGAAGGAAGAAGAGGAGCGGAGAGAGAGAGAGGCUGCUUCAAGCUCGGUGCCAAACUAUGAACACGAAGCGGUUGUGCCACCGAUGCUCGAGCCGAACGAAGCUGCGCUACUGCAUUUCGAAGACACUAACAAGCUCAUUCAACCAGAGUUCGCACUGGAAGUAUUUGCUUAUCUUCCCCCGGAGGACGACUUUACACCAGAAGAACAACUUGCUUUCAUUCAAGCAUACUGUCAGACCCCCAAGAAAUGGGGCAAAAUUGCAGAAGCCCUGCCCGAGCGCUCCUACCAGGAUUGCAUCACCCACUACUACCUGACUAAAGGUGAGGCUAAAUACAAGGACAUUUGGCGACGUGCUCAACCCAAGAGGAGACGAGGCAGAGCAGCAGCGACCAAGCCUCGAUCCACUGCGCUUAUGUCCGAAUUGGUCUACCGAGAUGGUGAAGAGGGUGUUGUCGCGGUCACAGACACUGGUCGGCCACGCAGAGCUGCAGCGCCCACUUUUGGGGAUACACCGGUGGACAGCGACCCUUCCACCGUUGCUCCUGCCGCCAAACGCUUGGCUGUCAGUGGAAAAGAUGCUACAGCUGAGGGCGUAGCAAAGCCACCCCGUGGUCGGAAAGGAGGAACUACCACCAAAAGCAGGCGCACCAAAGCCCAGAUUCAGGCCGAACAACAAGCCGCACAAGCUGCACAGGCCGCUCAUGAUAAUUUUGUGCCUACCACCAUGGUGGAAGCAUCGCCACAAAAGGUCGUUGCCUUGAAAGAUCGAAGCCGGACGUUGCUCCGCGCAGAGAACAACCUUGUCAAACCUGAUCUCAUGCCUGGCUUGGAGAUGCAUAAGUUGGCAGAAGCGGACAUAACUCAAUAUGGUGUGCCAGAAACCGAGCGCAUGAUGCCUGCAAUCAUUGGCCAUGGAUCCAAUCAACCAACCAGCUACUGGUCUGUACCGGAACAGCAAAAGUUUCCACAGCUCAUCUCUUAUUAUGGACGAGAUUUUGCAACCAUAGCUGAGUUCAUGAAAACUAAGACCUCUACCAUGAUCAAGAACCACUACAAUCGCCAGAUCGCCGAGGGCAAGACAGAUCUUGAAGAGAUGGCGAAGGUUGCAGAAAUCAAGCGUGCCAAUAACGAGCCGAUGGGUCGACCGCCAAGUCCAGCGGUACAGACCAAGCGUCGAUACGAGGCAACUCCUUCCACUGCCUCAUCUCAGCCCGGACGACCACUCCCUGACCAACAUGCUCCUGACUCGGAUCUCGCUGCAAUGGCAGUCAAAACCAGCUAUACUGAAGACUUCCCUUCCAACGCCGUUCAGCGCAACCUCACUGGAGACCUCGUGACAAAGACUCGACCGAACCGGGAGCUAUUGCAAGAUCCUGUAUUGGCGCAGUCCAAACCUGAAGAAUUGCAACGUCCAGUCAGUCUUUCACACAAACCUCACAAUGGACCGAGGAGUGGCUUCUUCAAAGAAGAGAACCCCCCGUUUGGCUUGCAGCAUCAGACCUUGUCUCGAGACAACUCUCCUCACCAGCACCCAUUGCGUCCUGGAGAGCAUAGAUACGGUGACCUAGGUCACGUGAUUUCUGCUGGUUCACCGCGACAGCUCAACCUUGGCCCACCUCGGGACAUUGGAGGCUUACAAUCUCAUGCCCAAACUCAAGUGUCUCUACUCAACUCGAGUAUCCACAAUGAGCGUUUUGGUCUGGCUCAGCAACAACAUAGCCGAAGUGGUAGCCUCGGAGGCCGGGCACCAUCGGCGAUGGAGCAAGCUCGAGAUCUUGCUUCUCUCAGACACCUGGAUCCGAUGUCACGACCCUACUCUAUGAUCCCGCCUCAGAUUGCGACGCCUCCCCCAGCCAGUAGCGUACCUCUGCGACGAACAGAGAGCGGGCCUGAUCCAACUCCAGCACCUCCAACAGAACCUCUCAAACCGGCUCCUGCCAAGAAGUCGAAUAUCGCCAGUUUGCUCAAUGACGAUCCACCCGAGCAGAAGCCAAACAAGCGCUCGUCAUUGGACUCUCAGAAACGCCAGUCGGCCCAGCGGAUAUUGACCGAAACAUCCGGACUCCUCUUGGAGGCCUUGGACCGCAUCCUCUUCGUGAGCAGCAACAGUCAAGCUAUGGAUCUAGUUCUGCUCCAAAUGAGGACUGGAUGGGACGUUACGAUCCCCGUCCGCAGAGCGGUUUGGGUGAACAGCGAAGUCAUCAACCAUCCCCCCGCCCUGCCCAGUACUCUGUGGUGCCUCCACCUGCUGGUAGCAGCGGUCUACGGAUGGAAGCAUCUCGCUCAGUCGAAGCACCCCCCUCGGAUCAUCGUCGAUCGCUGUUGGGCCCACUUUCACAUCCUGGUUCAAAUCCUUCCCCUCCACCGCAGCAAUCAUUAUCGUCUUAUCGGCCACUCUCGGAUGCUGGUCCAACAAGUCACUCUCGCGUAA